GGUCCUAUAUGAAUGAGUGUGAAGUGUGAUUCUACAAAUACAUACAUGCCCAAAAACUGAUUUGCCCACUCAUCAUAUGUUGUAGCUAGCUUCGUCUCACAACAACCUCUCCGAAAUGGAGAGCUUGAAAACACCUUGUAAGGGUGUUGUGGAGGAUUAUAGAGGAAGAGCAGUGCAUUACAAAGAUGAUUGGACUUCUGGCUUCAAGUCAGGAAAAGGGAUUUUGGCCCCUACUACCUAUGUCUUCUUUGCUUCUGCUCUACCUGUUAUUGCCUUUGGCGAGCAGCUCAGCAGAGCCACAGAUGGAAGCUUGAGCACAGUAGAAACAUUAGCUUCAACAGCCAUUUGUGGAAUCAUACACUCAAUUUUGGGUGGGCAACCUCUCCUGAUACUAGGAGUAGCAGAACCCACUAUCCUUAUGUACACAUAUUUGUACAACUUUGCCAAAGAUAGGGAUGGCUUGGGACGAGAACUGUUUUUGGCUUGGGCAGGAUGGGUUUGUGUAUGGACUGCUCUCUUGCUGUUUCUUCUAGCAAUAUUCAAUGCUGGCAAUAUCAUCAAUAGAUUUACAAGGAUUGCUGGUGAGCUUUUUAGCAUGUUGAUCACAGUCUUGUUCCUUCAAGAGGCUAUCAAGGGAAUGAUAAAUGAGUUCAAAGUUCCUAAAGAGGGAGACCCAACAUCAGAGAAGUACCAAUAUCAUUGGCUGUAUGCAAAUGGACUGCUGGGUGUUAUAUUCACCUUUGGCCUUCUAUAUACUGCUCUUAAAAGCAGAAGAGCAAGGUCAUGGUUAUAUGGCUCAGGCUGGUUCAGAAGUUUCAUUGCAGACUAUGGGGUGCCUUUCAUGGUGGUGGUGUGGACAGCUCUUUCAUUCACAGUAGCUGAUAAAGUGCCUUCUGGAGUUCCCAGAAGACUCAUUGCUCCUCUGGCUUGGGAGUCUUCAUCUUUACAACAUUGGACAGUAAUCAAAGAUAUGGUGAAGGUUUCACCUGCAUAUAUUUUUGCUGCUUUUAUUCCUGCCUUAAUGGUAGCGGGGCUUUACUUCUUUGACCACAGUGUCGCUUCCCAGAUGGCACAACCAAAAGAAUUCAAUCUCAGGAAACCUUCUGCAUAUCACUAUGACAUAGCGUUGCUAGGAUUCAUGACUUUGCUCUGUGGAUUAAUUGGCUUACCCCCUUCAAAUGGAGUUCUGCCUCAAUCCCCUAUGCACACCAAGAGCCUGGCUGUUCUCAAGAAACAGCUGAUGCAAAAAGAAUUGAUCAAAAGUGCCAAGGAAAGCAUAAGGAGGAAUGCUAGCAACUCUGAAAUAUAUGGGAAGAUGCAAGAAGUGUUUAUAGAAAUGGAUAAAAGUCCAGAUAGUCAUUUAGUGGUCAAAGAACUAGAGGAUUUGAAAGAGGUUGUCCUAAAUGGUGAAGAUAAAGGAAACAACAGCAAGAGGACAUUUGAUCCUGAGAAACACAUUGAUGCAUACUUGCCUGUUAGAGUAAAGGAGCAGAGAGUGAGCAAUCUUUUACAAUCACUCCUUGUGGGAGCAGCAGUCUUUGCUAUGCCUGCCAUAAAAAAGAUACCAACUUCAGUUCUUUGGGGAUACUUUGCUUACAUGGCUAUUGAUAGUCUUCCAGGGAAUCAAUUCUGGGAAAGGAUAUUGCUUCUUUUUGUUAGACCUCGUAGGUGGUACAAGUUGUUAGAAGGAGAUCAUGCAUCCUUUGUUGAGUCAGUUCCUUCCAAAUACAUUGUCUUAUUCACACUCUUCCAAUGUGUAUAUUUCUUGGUUUGUUUUGGAGUGACAUGGAUUCCCAUAGCUGGAAUGUUGUUCCCUUUACCUUUCUUUUUGCUUAUCACAUUGAGGCAGCACAUACUCCCCAAGCUGUUCAAACCACAGCAUCUUAAGGAACUAGAUGCGGCUGAAUAUGAAGAAAUAUCUGGUGCUCCUAGAUCAGGUUUCAAUAAAUCCUUCAGGGAGGUGGAAUCACCUAGAGCUGGAUCAAAGGAAAUAGAUGAUGCUGAAAUAUUAGAUGAAUUAACUACUCAUAGAGGGGAGGUGAAGGUCAGAACUGGUAGCUUUAGUGAGGAAAGAAAAAGCCAGGUUUAUCCUGAUAAAAUCGAUCCACCCUCUCAUUGUUAGGGAAAGGUGAUGAAUAUCCAUGUAUAGAUGAAGAUCAAGUUUUGCUACUGCUCCAAUCCAAGCAGCUCUAGGGUCACUUAUAGAGGAAGGAAAUGAUGAUAUUGAUGUAUUGAUGAAGAUCAAGUUUUGCAAUAUGUGUAGAAUUUUUCCAACUGCUGUAAUUAAGCAUUGGAGUGAUUUAGUGUCAUAGUUUGUGCAAUUUAUAUGUUAACUUAGCAAAUAAAUAGUGAAAAGUCUAUUUCUAGUUCCCACUAAAAGGAGCAAUAGGUAGCAUUGUCAUCGUUUGAGAAGGGAGUGAAGUGCUGCAAAGACAUUAAAAUUAAAAUAACAAUAAUUAAAGAAAAGAUAAUUUUGAGUUCUAGAUGAUGAUAACAGUGAAACAAAUUAGAAUUCCCAUAACUUUUAAAUUAAAAUUCUACUUUACCUUUUUAUUUCAGCAGUGUUUUGUAGUACAAAAUAUUUGAUAUGGACAUGAUAUGAGCAAGGUAGAUGUUCCUUC